AUGCCAGUGAAGGGCCUGGAUGACAUCCAGUUUCUUGGAGAAGCUGCCUUGGAGAAUUAUGUCUCAUGCUCCAGGGCAGCUGCCAAUGGACUGCCGCUGGGGAUAAACCUGGGGAAGAAUAAGACUUCAGAGGAUGCUGCUGCGGACUACGUAGAGGGAGUUCGUGUGCUGGGGCCCCUGGCUGACUACCUGGUGGUGAAUGUGUCCAGCCCCAACACUGCUGGGCUGCGGAGCCUUCAGGAAAAAGUUGAGCUGCGCUGCCUGCUGACCAGGGUGCUGCAGGAGAGGGAUGCCUUGCAGGAAGCCCGUAAGCCAGCGGUACUUGUGAAGAUCGCCCCUGAUCUCACGGCGCAGGACAAGGAGGACAUCGCCAAUGUGGUGAAAGAGUUGGGCAUUGAUGGAUUGAUUGUCACGAACACCACAGUGAGUCGCCCUGUUGGCCUCCAGGGUGACCUGUGCUCAGAAACAGGAGGGCUGAGUGGGAAGCCACUCCGGGACUUAUCAACUCAAACCAUUCGGGAGAUGUAUGCACUCACCCAAGGCAGAAUCCCCAUAAUCGGAGUUGGCGGUGUCUGCAGCGGGCAGGAUGCGCUGGAGAAGAUCCAGGCUGGGGCCUCUCUGGUGCAGCUGUACACAGCCCUCACCUACCAGGGGCCACCCGUGGUGGGCACAAUCAAGCGGGAGCUAGAAGCCCUUUUGAAAGAGCAGGGCUUUGACAGAGUCACUGAUGCCAUUGGAGCAGAUCAUCGAAGGUGAGGACACUGGCUGUCAGAAAGCCCGAUCUGGAACCUUCCCAUGGACUCAGGCGAACCUUUGUGGUGACUGGAUCUUGAAAGGACAGACUCUCUGGCCUUGUCUCCCAAACUGUGACUUGGCAGCACCAUAAAAACCAGUCACGCCAGUCAUCAGAAUCGACAGAAGGCUUUCUUCAGUUCCUUGGUCAGACCAUAAACUGCAUUUGUGAUUCUUCCUAGAUUCAACAGUAUUGCCAAGGACAUUGGAUAUUUGGGAAAAAGAGUCAUAGAAAAAAUAAAGCCAUUCAUUUAACCUAGAUUUAAACCUCAACCCUUCCUGGAGGCCAUAGGCCUCGCCCACAUGCUAAAGGUCCUUCCAGGCCUCUGCACCCUCAUCUGUAGUGGGCUUCCCAGAAGCUUGACUAUCUUUCAUUUGAUCUUUAUUUUUAUUUAUGUUAUAUUUUUAACUUUAUUUUGAAAAUAUUUCCAAUGUAAACAAAUUUGUUAGAAUAGUACAGUAAACUUUUAUAUGCCUUUC